AUGGACGUUAUCUGUAACGGUGAUGAGGAUUGUGAAGAGGACAUCAAUACGAUCGAUUUUGCCGUUGCCACGGUUCUCCUGAAUGAGACGCUACGCAUAACGCGAGCGAGCAGAGGCCGCGGAGAAGCGGCUUCUGUGGAGCCAGCGAGGAAACGGAGGACUGAGCUGUUGGCCUCCCUGGCCAAACGGCGUCGGGUUGAGUCCCCUAGUGGGACCAGGGUGGGAGAAGGCAGGCCGAAUAUGCUGGUGAUGAACAUCAGACAGCAGCUGGAUGUACUUGACAUGAAUUUGGAGAAAAACAACGAGCUUGUGGAGUUCCACCAGCAGCAGGUUACUCGCUAUCUGGAAGAGUCGAUCCUCUGGGAGCGUCGGCUGAAUGCAGUGGAGAAGGAGAUUGAGGGAUUAUUGGACAAGAAGAGGAGGGCUGGGAAGAUCAAGGAAUAUCAAGUUGACUUCGCUAGGUAA